GCUUUAAUAAUUACCACCUUGCAAAUAUUUUAAUUUAGAAGGAAUUUCGCUCAAGUUUCGAAACGUUAGCAACAUCCUCGAGAAUGUCACCUGAUCCUAAGCUGCAUUUACCAGAAAAUGUGCCAUGGAGUGAACCUGCGUGGUACCGUACUGGCAACUCGGCCUACAUCAAUGUAUCCCACCGGAAGAUGAGGGACAGUAUCCGGAAAUAUGUUGAUAAGCAUAUCCUCCUACAUGCCUUAGAAUGGGAAGAAAAAGGCGAGGUUCCACGGUCAGCCGCAAUUGACUACUGCAGGUCCGGAAUUCCUUUCGAGGAUGUACCAGAAGAAUUCCGACCUAAGGAUAUCCCCAACCUAGCACAAAUCCCCCAGAGCGAUUUGGACGCCUUUCACUUCCUCAUUGCAACUGACGAGAUGGCUCGUGUUGAAGGUGGGGUUUCUAUUGCCCUUGGCGGUGCAUCUACAAUUGGGCUACCACCAGUUCUCCAUUAUGGGACACAAGAACAAAAGUCUCGUUGGCUUCCAGGACUGUUUUCGGGUAAUGUCAAUUUCUGCCUAGGCAUCACGGAGCCUGGUGGUGGUUCAGACGUGGCCAACAUUCGAACCACAGCGGAAAAGUCUUCAGACGGCAAAUUCUACAUUGUGAACGGUGCGAAAAAAUGGAUCACGGGCGCUCUAUGGGCAACUCAUAUGACAACCGCUGUACGAACUGGUAGCCAAGGUGCUAAAGGUAUCACUGUCCUCGAGAUCCCGCUCGAUAGCCCCGGUGUGUCUCGAAGAAAAAUCUUUAAUAGUGGACAAAACGCCGGAGGGGCUAGUUUUGUAGAUCUGGAGGACGUCGAAGUUCCUAUUGAUAAUCGAAUUGGUCUAGAGAAUGAGGGCUUUGAAAUCAUUAUGAAGAAUUUCAAUAGGGAAAGGUUUGCGCUUGCAGUUGGGUGUAACCGAAAGAGUCGUACCUGUCUCGCUAUGGCGUUUUCAUAUGCCCUAGAGCGCAAGACUUUUGGGAAGAGGUUGAUGGAGAAUCAAGUCAUACGGCGCAAACUCGCUGAAGUUGCACACCGCGUCGAAGCUCACUGGGCUUGGCUUGAACAGAUCGCCUUUCAAGUCAAUUCAUCUAGUCUAGGCUGGCAGACACCGAACAUUGCAAGUCAAAUAGCCCUGGCCAAAAUCCAAGGCGGGCAGAUGUUAGAAUUCGCAUGUAGAGAAGCACAGCAAAUCUUUGGAGGCGCAGGUUAUCAAAAGGGCGGCCGUGGAGCGACGGUGGAACAGAUUAGCCGUGACCUUCGGAUGUUUGUGGUUGGCGGCGGCAGCGAAGAGAUUAUUACAGAUCUAGUCCUUAGACAGGAGAUAAGGGACUUUAAUUUUAAUAAUUAUUAA